GUUUGCAACAGUCGCUCGCGUCGAAUGGUUCUAUAUGGUAACUACGCUCUUCCAUAGUAAAGCAUGUGGUGGUCAAGUGCUGCUCCUCUCGUGGAGCUUCUGCUGCUUGGGGCCCUGGUGAUUGGAGGAGUCAGCUCCCUGAUCUGCACGCGCCGCCCGGCGAACACGGGCUCUCCCAAAUCCCCGGUGGAUGAGAACUUUGUGAUAAGCGUGUCCGGUAAUCCGGAAACGUACAUUCUCGGCCAGGAAUACAACGUCUCCCUUAAUGCCUUCAAUGGCCACCGCUACAUCAGCUUUAUCAUGGCUCUGGAAAACGAGAAUGGUGACUUCAGCUACAACGACGACUUGGGUCGUUUUGAGCUAAGCGACGUGAUUGAGACCCGGUUCAGUCCCAAUUGCAUCAACAUGGUGGAGAACACCAACACGAACUCCAAGACGCACAUGCACUUGACCUGGGUGGCGCCCAGUGAGCCGGGCAGUGGCUGCAUCCUGAUCCGGGCUACAGUUCAGCAGCAUCGGGAAGUGUGGCACAUGGAUGAUGGCGGAUUGACAAAACGCAUCUGCGAGGAGUCCACCGAUGAUGUGGAGAGCCAGCCAACUGCUCCGGCAGUGGAUGUUCCCUGCUGUGCAUGCGAUGAGGCGCGUUAUGAGCUUAUAUUUGAAGGCGUGUGGUCCAGGAACCUGCAUCCCAAGGACUUUCCUGCUCGAGGCUGGGAGACUCGUUUCUGUGAGCUUCUGGGAGCCGCCCACAGCUCAGACUAUCGUUUCUGGGAAUCCGGUGCACUGGCCAGCUUAGCUUUAAAGGAAUAUGCGGAACAUUGCAGUUCGCGUCUACUGGAAAGAGAGUUCAGCACCAAUUUUCGGGAUCAGAAAAUACGGACGAUUAUCAAGGCACGGGGUCCAUCGUACCCCAACAUGAGCAGCAAGACGAUGGCCUCGGUGCGAGUAGAUCCCAUUCACCACAUGGUGUCCUUUGCCUCGAAGAUAGAACCCUCGCCGGAUUGGAUUGUGGGCGUCACUGGAUUGGAACUGUGCCUGCGCAACUGCACGUGGAUGGAGGAAAAAGUCAUCAACCUUUACCCGUGGGAUGUGGGCACAGAUUCGGGUCCCAGCUAUACGUCAUCCGAUCAGCCGCAGGUUCCGCCAGAUGUCAUUAGACGCAUGCGUUCCGACUUUCCCAACGAUCCGCGCUCUCCUUUCUAUGAUGAAUCCGGAACUCCCAUGAAACCCAUGGCCAUUCUGAGGGUGAAGCGGCAGCGAAUCUACGAGAGAAGAUGUGCAGAUGAGGACUCCAACAACGAUCCCGAUGUGCCCCGUGAAUGUUUCACCCAUCCCUGGUCCGGUUGGAGCGACUGCUCCUCCAAAUGCGGGGUCGGCAUGCAGUAUAGAAGACGUGUCUACAAGCAACCGGAGCUCGCCAAGGUCUACAAUUGCAAUGUGCCGCAGUAUGAGGAGCGCGAGUGCCAGGGCGAGAUGUGUGGUCAAAAUAAUCUCAUGCGGGAGCCCGAGGAAUUUGAGGACCUGGAGCCAGACCCCAGGAGGAAUGGCUAUCAAUCGCCACAACAAAUCCGUGCCGAAUGCCAAUUGAGUUCCUGGGGCAGCUGGAGCCCAUGUAGUGUUACCUGUGGGGAUGGUUACGAGAUGCGCCAGAGGCAGUACCUUAAUCCUCAAGCAGAAUUGGAAUGCCAGGGUGUGCAUCGCAUGGAGCUGCAGGAAACGAGAAAAUGCUCCGGCCGAGCCUGUCUUGGUAGCAUACCAGGAUCCUACGGCGAUGACAUGAAUAAUCCGUAUGGUUCAUCUCAAGGACGCAUUGGAGAUAAUAUGUAUGGACCACAACCUGAACCAGAGGCAGAAAACUUCGGGGACUACGAUGACUCACGAAAUGGAGCAGUUGGUGGAUUUGAAGUGGGCAAUCUUAAGGGUAACACUGGCAACUGGGCCUUGAACAGGCAGUCAAAUUUGGGUAGGGAUGAUCCGUCGCUAAGGCCCUCAAACUACGACGGUGUCCGUCAGCAAUCAGAAAGAUUUGAACGACCCACCUGGCCACGUUCCGAUGUUCCUCGCUUGGAGGAUGUGGAACGAGCUCCCUGGCAGCGUCAAAGGCCCUCCAACAAAUACGGCUCCAUUGAAGAGGCCCCCGAAAAGGUUUCGCCAAGGGAACCUUGGCAAAGGACGAACUACUUUGGCAGUCAGGACAAGUACUCACCUGGAGGAGAUGUGGACUCCUCGCUGUCCCACCGCUGCUUCCAAAUGGUUCAGACGGCUCAGCCACGUUGCCACGAUCAAACUAUUACGGGUCAGUUCUGGUUCUACAACUUCUGUGCGAACGAGUGCAUGCUGUAUGCCGCGGACCGUUGCGAUCGGAAUGUGAACAAGUUUAGGCGGUGGGAGGAUUGCGAGAAGUGCCGUGAACCAGAAAUGGCUGCACUGCAGCAGGAGCACGCCAAUUCACCCCAAUGCGAUAAUUUCCGAGCCAUUUGGCGGGCAGAGCAGCGGGCUCGGGAGGAAAAGGGUGCAUCAAGCCGCAGACGCAACUAUGGCGAUUAUAGACAUCGAACUAGAGAUUAAUGCUACAUUUAGUUACUAACCGGAUAUUUCAAACCCUUACCACUUAAAUAAGCUAUGCGCUCAAUUUACAUUCGUUGUGUUACAUGAGGAUGUUAACUCAUUUGCAUGCCACGUUUAAACGUAAUAUUUGAUCACAUGUACAUACGCCAAAUGUGUAUAAAAGUUUUUCUCAAGUCUGGUCACCAGAUGCUUAAUAUUAAUUUUCAAACACUUAUAGUUUCCAAAAUUAAGACAAACAGACAAACGCACAAAUCCUGAUCAAAAAUAUAUCACCCCCCACUUGUUACAUAUUUUUCAAGGAAUCUAAUAUGCCCUCUUACUGUGCAAGUAAAAGGUAUACAAAUGGGCAGUGCAACUUCUGUUCAUGUAUAAGCAAUACGCCAAAAUAAUAAUUUAUUUAUAUUAAAUCAUACAUAUAUGUACAAUGUAUCCAUACGCAACUAGAUCCUUAAUUUUAAUGUCAUUUCUGAGGUCGACAAACAUCGUAGUCUGGCUCCUCGUCUAUCAGAUACCCUUUACUCGGCUAAUGGCUAAAAAAUUAAAACAUUUUUUGAACAUUGUAAGAAUGACCCUUUAUGUAUCUGGAAUCUGCAUGCUUAAUCACAACUUCCCGAGAUCAAGGCGUCCAUAUAUAUACUUUAUAUGGUCGGAAACGCUUCCUUCAACCUGUGCAAGCUUUUCAACGAAUUUAGUAUAGCCUCCACAACUCGUACUAAUAUUACCCUUACAUGCAGGGUUUUUUAUUCACCUUAAAUGUUAUCCUUUUUUAUCCUAUAUUUAAAGGCCCCAUGAUUUUUAUAGAAAACCAUGAUUUUGCAAAGGGACAUUUUUUACUAAGUUUUCAAAUUAAAAACUUAAAACGUGCAAAUGAAAACGAAAUGGUCAGCAUUGCCGAUAGUACACCACUAUUUUAUUAGUAUUGUUUCUAUCUUAUUAUUUUCAAUUUCACUGAAUAAAUUUCCCAGUCAAUUGAAUGAAA